AUGUCCUUGUCUAAGACCCCGCCGAAGUCAGUCACCGACCUACUCACACGGGCUGAGAAGUUCAUCAAUAUGGAAGAAACUAUGACCCCAAAAAGGAAAGCUACCACAUCAGGGAGGUUGGAUCAGAAAAGGCCGCAUAAGUCCAGCUUAAGACAAGAGACACCUAGGGACAAACCAAGGAAGGAUCCUCCUUCAACGUCUUUUAACCAUUUGAAUACUUCAAGGUCCAACAUCCUGAUGGAAAUCAAGGACUCUAGGGAACUAAAGUGGCCUCCCCGAUUGCGAUUUUCUCCCGAUACUCGUGACAAGAGUAAAUACUCGCCGAGGAAUAAUCAGAAUGGAGGCAAAGGCCUAGAAGAUCGGGGAAACAAGCAACCAACCGCAGGCACUAUCAAUAUCAUUGUCAGAGGAACAGCCUCGGGAGGAGAUUUUAGUAGCGGGCGUAAACAGUAUGCCAAGCAGCCUCCAAUCAUCUUGAGACCAGAUCUUGGCCGUACAGAGGACAUCACUUUUGGAACAGAUGACCUGGAAGGCAUAGCGUUCCCUCAUGAUGAUGCCCUUGUCAUAUCGGCCAUCAUCGCCAACUUUGAAGUCAAGAGAAUUAUGGUAGAUAACGGAAGUGCAGCAAACAGCAACUCAAGCCAGUUAAAACACCCCUCUAAGGAUUUGGAGGUGGGGUCAUCACCCCGGAAGAAUUUGAGCUAUUGUCUCAACUUUCCACCUGGCUAUAAAAUUCCCUACCUCUAA